AUGUGUCCUGCACCGGUCAAUAGCUAUUUCGACGCACAGCUGCUAGCAGACUUUAUUAUGAACGGCCAGUACUCGGGUUACGAUGGAACCAAUACCACUGCAACGUCGAAUGAUCCCACAUACAACAUUGGCAACAUCACCGCCGCGUUGUCAGGCAUCUCAGAGGACUACGAGAGCCACGACAAUGCGCGUGCGCGCAAGCGCAGAAUGACUGUUUCCGAUGACCGGCGAGCCGACGAUAUGCAUGGGUUCAGCAUGCCCGAAUCAAUGGGAGACGCACUGUUUAGCAGCGUGCUUGACCACCACCACAGCAGCUACGACGGAAUCAUGCAGCAAUCGCAGGGUGCCGGACCCAUGCUGGCGAUGGUCAUGGCAUCGGGCCCCGAGGACCCUUCCCUGAACGCCGCACUGACCAACAACAUGUCCCUGGGCAUGAGCUUUGCACAGGGCACGUACAUGGGAAACGGCAUCAAUGAUAGCCACAACACCGAUCUUAACACGGCGCACAUGCAGAACCCGCUCGGUAGCCCGCCGCACCUGGCAGGCAGAGUGAACGGGAGGAAGCACCAGUCGCUGAGCAUCGCCAUCAGCCAAGGCCUUCGCAACGACCUCAGCUCACAAGAGCCGCCCACGCCCAGCAUGUUCUCGCCGUCGUUUGCCAACGCGAUAGAGGGCGCCUCGGCCGCUGGCAUGUCGUCACCAUCGAUGUUCUACAACGUCACUUCGCCGUACACGCCGAGCCACGCGCAUCACCACAGCUUUUCGAUGCCUAACACGUCGCAGCAGAAGCCAAACACGAGCGUGUUUGAUGCGGGCGCGUCAGUGGGCUCGUUUGGCAGCGACCACAUAGACCAGCACAACGUAAACAGCCCGUCGGUUGCAGCAAUCGCACAGUCCCUCAACUCGGCGGCCUCCUUCAGACACCACGGUGCCUCAUCAUCUAAUGGGCCAAUGAACACCGACGAGGACUACUCGGUCGGCCUCCAGAUCUCGAUGAACGCGGCUGUGGCUGCGGCCAUGAGUGGCUCGUUCGAUCAGAGCGCGCACAAUCGCAGCUCGUCGAAUGCGUCGGCGUUCUCCCGGGUGCAAGCCGCGAGCAACGUCUCGCAACUUUUGUGCGGUGGCGUGAGCAUCGGUCAGAGCUCCAAUGGCCUGGAUCUGGACAUCAGCACGACGCUGGCAUCAUUUGCCAACAUCCCCGGUUUGGUGCCAUUCUCCUCUGCCUCAAUGGAUCGCCAGAACCUGUUUGCCCACGGGUUGGUGGGCGGUGAUUGCAAUGGCUCUACUUACGGCAUCAUGUCCUCGGAGCCGUCGCUAUUCCACUCCAUAGACACGUCCGCGUCAUUGCAGAACGCCAUCAACCACAACCGGUUUAUGUCUGCUGCUAGUAGCUCGCUGAUAAACUCGGGCAGCCCGAUGGCCUCGGCGAUGGAGAGCAUCAUCACUUCGCCGGCAGCCAGCAGCGCUCGCAGCGGUGUCCGCAGCCCAGUGACCGGACCCAAGAAAUCCCGCAAGCGCGCAGCCACCAUCUCUACAGUCCGCCCUGAGCUUAGUCAGCAGCAGCAGCACGAGCAGCGCCGGGACUCGCACCAGAUUAUGAGCUCCACAGAGCUCGCAUCUGUCAACAUGCAGGACAACAACGGUGGGAUGGAGCUAUUGCAGCAGUCUGUUGAGACUGCAGCUUACACCGGCCCCGUGUUCAACAGCCAGGCUGUCGUCAAAGGCACUGGCAGCAAGGUGGUCAUGGUGAUGACAUCCAAGGUUGCGCAAAAGUCAUAUGGUACCGAGAAGCGCUUCCUGUGCCCUCCGCCCACAAUUCUGCUCUUCGGUGACGACUGGAGGAUGCCCACAAUGGGCGGCACUGACCAGCAGGCGUCGCACAGCGGCGACUUUACUACCAACAUGCCCCGCAUCUCGGUGUCAGUCCCGACAAACGACGACUCCGGGAUGGGGUCGGAGGGCCUCGAAAGCCUGGCGGGCUCUUCAGAGUCGCGCGUGUCUCAGCUUGAGUGGCUGGCCCAGCCAGACCCAACGCCCAAGCCCAAGGCACAUGUGCCGCACAACCCGGUGCCUCCGAUCAGGCCGCCGCGCGAGGGCGAUAUCGUCACUGGCCGCUAUGUCGCCAAGCAGUUGUAUAUUAACGACGUUGACGAGAAGCGCAAGAAGGUGUCGGUCAAGGUGCGCUUGUACGAUCCGUCGGGCCAAGUGGUGCUCAACGAGUUCGAGUCGCGGCCCAUCAAAGUCAUAAGUAAGCCGUCAAAGAAGCGCCAGAGCGUCAAGAACGUCGACCUGUGUAUUCACCACGGAUCCACUAUUUCGCUGUUCAACCGCCUGCGGUCGCAGACUGUGUCCACAAAGUACCUGGGUGCGACUCGCUCGAUGUCGGUUGGCGGCCCGCGCCCCUUCUGGUUCCCAGCUGCAGAAUCUGACGGCUCGAGCACAUCCGCAGCCAACGGAGGCCGUGUCAGUGGUGGGUCCUCCACGACCACAUUUGUUGCGCGCAACUCUGUGUGGGAUCCGUUCAUCAUCUGGAUCGUCAACACGCAUCUCGGCACGCAGGAGAUCGAGGCGUUCAACGAGCGCAUCUCAAAGAACCCGACACCAAUUCCAGGAUAUCCCACGCCGCCUACCUUUGCAAUGCAUCCACAGUGUCCGCCAGACUUUGACCAUUGCCUCAACGGCAGCGCCGGUGGAGGCUGUAGCAGCCCCGGCGAGCAGCCUCAUAUCGACAAUGAAUCCGCAGGCCAGCCCCAGCCGAGGGCGCCGAUCCCCAUUCUGUACAACCAGCCGGUCAUCCUGCAGUGCGUCAGCACGGGCAUGUGCUCCCCAGUGCUUACGCUGCGCAAGGUUGAGAAGGGCAGCACAGCUGUAGGCUCCUUCUACGGCUGCGACUCUAGCCGCGAUGUGCUCGGCGACCCCGUGUCUCAGUUGCACAAGGUUGCUUUCGAGGUGCGCGUGCAGACCCGUGAAGAGCUGCCGGCAGUGACUGUCACACCGGCUGGACUUAACACGCGCGUUGGAUCGUACCUGACGUGCAUGGGUGAUAUUGUGGGCCUCAACGCCACUUGCGAUGGGCGGCAGGUGACCAGCGAUGGUUUAGCCAACAGCAAGGCUUCGGGCAGCCGCGGGUCUCCCAGCCAAGGGCGCAAGCAGGCAAAGGAGAGUGCUUCUGUCGGGACGACCUCGUGGGCCGAGGACGUUGGCGACAACGCGGUAUGGACCAUGGUCGGCACCGACUGUACCAUCUACCGCUUUGACUACCCUUCAGCCUCUGAAAUUGCGUCGCAGCUACAGCAGCUCGCGACAAACACCCUGCCCACGACCCUGACGAAUGCUGAGUCCUCGUCGUUGGCGCUGCCACCCACCCCAACCUCGCCCUCUGGCAUGAUGGACUACUCGCAGCACGCGUCGCACCAGCACUUCUCUCUUGAGAUGAUGCUGGCCGACCACGGUUCUACCGCCACUGCGGCUGCCGUCGCUGCGGCUGUCAAUGAGAUGAACGCCAACGCCAACUUCCAGCCAGUAUCGAUUGACGCGUCCUUGGCCGCGGCUGUCUACGGCAUCGCCAUGCCUGUCAUGGGCGACGGCCGCCAGCUGCAACAACAACAGCACAACAAUUUGCUAUCUUCAUCGCAGACGCUCUCGAUGGGUUCCAUCAACUCAAUCGACGAGCACAUCAACGGCCAUCUUUCGACCGACAACCUUGUUCCUAUCGUGUUCAAAUCGGCUGUUCAGCAUCCAUCGACAAUCAACCCUCUGUCGCUGGAUGGGGGGCGUCGCCAAAGAGACGGCAACGACACCCAUUCUGUGACAGAGCGCUCGUUUGUUACACUCAGCGGGCUCAACUUUUCGCCUGAUAUGGUGGUGAUGUUUGAAGGCCAGCAGAGCCUGAUCACUGAGUUUAAGUCCUCCGAAAGUAUCGUGUGCCUUGGCCCGCUUGCGUCAGAAUUCGGGAGCUUAAUGCGUCCAGACUCUGCGAUGGACAGCGACGAUAUGUUCACAAGCGUCUUCGGCAACCUUGAGCAGAACAAUGGCGAUAAGAAGCAUCAGCAACUGCAUCCGACAUCCCCCAGUGUCAGCGACUCCUCCACCUCCCAUGCCCAUGGUGGCGGCGAGGAUUUGCAGCACUUUGCAUUGCUCAACUAUAAUAUGUCUUGCGCCAACCGCGCUUCAUCUGCCGAGUCAACUGCAUCAUCAGCCACCGCCACACACAACAGCCCCAGCGCCCAAAGAAGGGCGCAUGAUAGUGCAGCCGUCGCUCGCAGCAACUCCUCGGCAAAGAGCAGCAUAUCUACUGUCAGGAUUCCGAUUCUUUUAUCGCGCAAUGGUGGCGCAGGACCCACCUUCAAGACUGGCCAGUUUUACACCAUGCAUAUCUAA